ACGCCCUAUGAUACAGCUAUUAUCGCUCGACACUGUGUUCUAUUUUUAAAAAAAAACAUAAAAUCACGUAUACAACCAUCAAUAUGCACUGGGUUCUUCAGAAUAUCAUGGGUUUAAUACAUCCCCAUUAUAUAUCAAAUCUCUUGCUAUCGGUUUUGUUCUUCGGAUUAAAAACGAUGGAGCCAGUUUGUGAUGUGAUCUUCGAAAAUUGCGAAUUAGAAUUAGUAGAGAGAAUGGGAGCUGCUUACUUUUCUUGGUUGCAUUAUAGUCAUAAAAAAUCGAAAGCAACACAAAAUAUCUUUUAUGGAAUUGCCUAUGUUGUUGUUUGCCUUUGUCAAUUAGUCCUUCUGCCUGAGCCAGUCUAUAGAGGCCCCGAACACAUAACCUAUUUUACAGGUAUUGAAAAUCUUCAAAAUGAAAUGGAUAAAGAUAAUCGAAUUACAUGGAUUAUUGAGUUUUAUUCGGCUUGGUCACCGAAUUGUGUAAAUUUUGCUCCGAUUUUUUCGGAAUUAUCUGCCAAAUAUAGUCUUCCUAACCUUAAGUUUGGAAAGGUUGAUAUAACCAGAUUCGCAGAUGCUGCCGACAAAUUUAAGGUAAAUAAUUCAGUUACAUCAAAGCAACUACCAACUGUUAUUCAGUUUGAAAAUGGUAAAGAAGUUAGACGAAAGCCAUUCGUGAAUGAAAGGGGUCAAGUCUCGAAAUUUGUUUUCACAAUGGAAAACGUUUGUAGUGGCUUUCAAUUGAAUGAGAUGUACCUUCAAUGUCAAAAGAAUUUGAAGGGAAAGAAGUCAAAUUCAAAGACCGUAGAAGAACAAAAAAAAGAUGAUUAA